AUGAUGGAUGUUGAAGUGCACCCCGACGAACUCACUCAUGAUGUAUACCCCUUGCAUUCCUUGGACGACAGCAAGGUUAAUCAUUGUUUCGUCAACUGGAUGAUGCGGUUUAACGAUGUCCUCGAUGCUGAGAAGUUGAAUGAGGCUUUAUCGAAGCUGUUACGGAUGGGCGACUGGAAGAAACUAGGCGGGCGUUUACGAUUCAAGGAUAAUGGGAAACUGGAGAUUCAUGUCCCAAGAUCCGAAGGACUGGAACACAGAACAGUCUUCUUCACUCAUAAUUCUCACGACACUAGGUUGGAGGAUCAUCCGAUCGGCAGGCAAUUUCCCAAAGAGACUGAAGGUCCUUCUGUGCAGACUAUCACCACAGAUACGCGACCAUUUAUCGCUCGGCCAAAUUUCCCAACUUUCGACAAUAUGAUACGUCAAAACGAGCCCAUUGUGUCCCUGCAUGUGACAACCUUCGCAGAUGCGACAACAGUUGCGCUCACAUGGCCCCACCUUCUUAUGGAUGCAAUGGGGGGACACGCCUUACUGACCGGAUGGUCUUCGGUUUUGGCUGGUCGCGAAGAUGAAGUUCCUGACGUCCUUGGUGCGCGAGAAGAUAUUUGUCGACACCCGAUCAUUACUAGUGCGGAUGACUCUCUGGAAGAGUUGAAAGUCGAGGGGAAGCGUCUCCAAGGCCCAGGCGUUAUGAUGUUCAUGCUUCGCUUCAUGUGGGAUAAAUUAUGGAGUUCUAACCGAGAACGACGCGUGAUAUUUUUGCCAAAGGAUACUUUCUCCAGAUUGAAGGAACAGGCAUAUCGGGAGAUCACCGAGAUUACCUUUCACGAGGAAAAACCCCCAUUUGUUAGCGACAGCGACAUACUCACAGCCUGGGUAGCGAAGGCAUUUACGGCGUCCGAGCCUAAUAAUCGACCGGUGACCAUUUUGAAUUUAAUGAAUGCGCGAUAUAGAAUUCCGCUUCUUGCCCAAUCAGCCGGCGUCUUCAUUCAGAACAUGGUCCUGGGAACAUACACAUUUUUGUCUGGGAAAGCGGGCUCCGAAACUGUCGGUUCUAUCGCUCUACAGCAUCGAGAACAUCUCACGGAGCAAGCAACAGAGAAUCAGGGGUUGACUCUACUGCGUGAAAUAUUCCAUGAAAAGGAUGCAGGGAGGGAACCAAAACUUUUAUUUGGAGAAUCGAAUAUGGUACCGAUCAUCUUCAACAACGUCCUGAAAGCCAAAUUAAUCAAAAUCGUCGACUUUUCGCCAGCCAUUGUAAGGGGAGGUGAUGCUGGUGAGAAACGGCAAAAUCCUCCAGGGACGAUGGUCAACUACUACAACGAGGCAAUCGGGCCGGGAUAUGUUGGCUUCAAUAUUUUCAAUAUGCUUGGUCAGGAUUUUGCUGGGAAUUAUUGGCUCAUGGGGACUUUGUUGCCUCGAGCCUGGGUACAAAUAGAAGAAGCCCUGAGAAAUUUGAAGCGAUAG